AUGGCGUCGACCUACACUCAGCUUGCCAAAGUGGCCUCAAAGUCAACGGCCUCGAGGCAAUUUACACUUAACGACAUCGAAAACCAACCCGCUGCAAUCCGCGGUGGCGUCACCCAAAUCACCAGUGAGCUUACAAAGCUUCAGAAAGAUUUACAGAACAAUGUCACCGAUAAGCUCAAGAAGCUGAAAGAAAGUGGCCUUAAUGACGGUAAUACACCGUGGACAAUUGAAGGUAAACCAGACAAAGGCCUCACUAAUAUCACCGCAGACAUCGAGACCAUUAAAACCAGGGACGUUAAGGACGUGAGGGACAAACUCAAGGAGCUGUGCACGGCGAUUAGAAUGUUAGCAAAAGAUGCCGAAUGGUUUCUUAAUGAAUUGAAGGAUGGCAAAAUUGGCGAGCAACUCAAGCAAAUAAGAGAUGAAAUUGACAAGCUACACGGCCGUCUGGUGGAUGGUCCCAUAAAAGACCUCAGAGCCCUUUUAAGAUUCAUCGACAACGGCAAGGCGCAAAUAAUCCGUGACCUUCACGCAUUCGUCGACAAGGAGAUCAAGGAAGCCGAAGACACAUUGAUCAACGAGGCACGCCGGCAAUGUGUCUCCAACGUCAAGGAGCUUUUGAAGUUGUUCGCCCAGAAGGUGGAGGAAGAAUUGAAUCCCUUACCUCCGUUAAUAACCGAGGAUCUGCAGAUGGGGUAUAAAGGGUUUAUGUAUGAUUUCCAGCAACGCUUCGUCACUCACAUAUCCCCUCUAAAGGGUGCGCUGCAACUCGAGGCCCUGUCCACAGGCUUCAAGCGGUUCCAUCUGGCGCUCUCGGGAUACAUCAGCGCAGAGAUCAGGAGAGUGCACAGCGAGGAGAGCAAGAAGAAAAACCCUGUGCCCCAAGAACCCGAAGCGCUCUACACAGACAAACUUGUAAGAGUCACAUUGUCAUUUAAUGCGUUGCUUGAAUACAUUAGAACUGAGGAUACCUUCGACCACAGACUCCAGGCGCUGCUCCGCAGCCUCACCGAAGCGCUGAGUCACCUGCGACCUGAGAGCUUCGCCAGGCCCUCAAGUCCCCUGCUGGACGGCCUGGUGGAGGGACUCACACAGUUCGCCGCCGAGUUCACAUGUGCGUACGUCUCCACCUACGCCGGCGCACAGUUCACCGAUGAAGAAGGUGAGCAGUGCGCCAAGGUCUUUCUCACCCUGCUGCCCACACUCUGCGACGCCUUCAACAGGCUGGCGGAGCAGUGCGGCAAAGACGGCAAGUGGAGGGAUCUGAACAUUAAUGCAAGCAGUAAACUCGGCACUUUCCUCCACCGCUGCGGCUACAAGGUCUCCACCUCCCACACUCAGCAGGACGGCGAGCUGCGCGACGAGUGCAACGGCCGCGACGUGUUUGUCUUGGUCACCCAGAACAUUAAGGAGACAGAGGACAACAAACACCUCAAAAAAUGCCUCUCCCUCCAAAACGCCUGUAAUCUUUUAGAUCUCCUCAAAUGCCUCUGCACGCACCUCCAGCAGUACUAUAAGACGUGCCACCUCAGAGUGUGUCCCUCACCCCGGCCGCCGUGUUCCAUCUACGAGAUGCUCGUCUGGUGCUGCGGGCUUACGUACAACGCCGUGUACCUGGGCCUCAACUCCGAAGCACUGCCGUCGCUGUUCGAGGCGGACGAGCCGGACGCCGGGGAAUCCGAAGUGUCCCUCACUGACCUCGGCAGCCUGGCGCUUAAGGCCCACCCGCGGGUCAUAACACCGGCGUCCCUCACCGACGCACUCACGGAGGUCUGCCACCGGUCGCAUUCAGUGCUCACCACCCUACUAGGCUUCGGCCACGCAGGUGGCAUCUACGCCGUGGACUUCAACACCAACCACGGAGGCCUGCUGUAUCCCUGUGACAUGGAGACGCUGCUCUGCCUGCUCUUCGACGUCCUCAGACGCCUCCACCACCAGCUCUAUUUCCUCUACCGCCGGUGCCUCUACAACGCCCGGCACGGCGGAUGGCUCGACUGCUGGUACGGCCGGGGCGUCGGUGGCUCAGCGUGGAGGUGCAACACCAUGCAGUGUGCCAACCAAAUGUGUGACCAACAGUGCAACCAAACACACAACCAAAUAUGCAACCAAAGCUGUGACCAACACCCCAAGUGCGGCGUCAAGUCGCCGCUCCAGUCGUUCCUAGAGGACGGCCUGGUGGGCUUCCUGCCUCACGCUGUUACACCCAAGGACACCUGUGUCAAGUGCUCCGCCUGUGACACCAAGUCACCCGGCCUGCCCUGCAAGACGCCCAUGGGCCUAUCCAACAUUACCUGGCUGGCCUCCGGUGCCUCCCAAGGCCGACGCAUCAUGGACGUUCUCGGCGCCUUCUGCGGCGGCGCAUCGUCGCCCCUCGCCAGGCUCUGCGGCUCCCUGAGUUGCCUCUUCACCCGACCGCCACGCACGCCAGACGAGCUGUUCGCCUUUUACUACAAUUUCCUCUGUAACUGGACUCAGACCGGCGAGCACCGGAAGGAAGCCUUCGAUGACGCCGGCGGCGCUGCGUGCUUCCGGCAGCGGGGCGUGACACUGGACGUCAGUACAAUCUUCCGCACCAGCAACCACGGCUCCGGGACGGACAUCCCUCACCUCACCGGAGAUCUCUUCUCCCUCGUACAGUGCAACGGCACUCCAGGUUCCGCUCCGUCACACCCCUGCGGCCCCCACCUCAAGCCCCUCAGCCACGACGUACGCGCCACCUUCUCCAAGGAACACGCCCACCUCUACCUCUCGUGGAUAGUGUACCUCACGGAGACAUUCUACGACCUGCUUAAGCAACUGCUCCAAGACUGCGAGCGCACCUGCGCCGACGCCACGUCCGUCUACCACGCCAGGAGCUGCGACAACCAAUGCACAGCCAAACGACGGCCAAUGGGCCAUGGCUCAGGGCACCUUGAUUCAUGCCCCUCCAUCGUGGACUGCGACUCCAUCACGCCAACACUCUUCCAGUACGGCUUCGCGCUCAGGGACGUCCACAGCCUCGCCGGCUCCACCAGCGGCCACCAAGGCAAGCGCACCUGCGAGGAUUUCUGCCAGGCACUGCAAGUCGCCGUCAAGGAAUUGAACCCUCUCCACAAGCUGGCGCACGAGACCAUUCCAGAGUUCCUCUACCGCAUCCGUGCCCCCUUCCUCUUCGCCAUCAUCGCACUCUGGCUCAUCGCCGCGCUCUACAUCCUCCACUCGCUACUCUACCGCAUGGACGUCCUGCGCAUCCGCUCCCACCUCCUCACCACCAGGGCCUCACACCUCAUCGACGUCAAGGCGCUGCUCGCCGGCAGCCGCAGGAUGCUCUCACUCUACAAGGACGUCGACUACUUCGACGAAGACCUUAACUCAUGA